AUGGCGCUGUUGGAGGUGAUCUGCAGUCUGAUUGGCUGGCUGUGCCUCUACCUGUUGUUCUGCUGCACCUUCACUCAGCGAGGGCCCGAGUGGAACUGCCGCCUGGUCACGUUGACCCACGGGGUCUUCAUUGUGCUGCUGACGGCGUACGUGGUGUUCGUCGACGGACCGUGGCCCUUCACACAUGCCGGUACAGAAAACACCGAGCUCCAGGUGUUCGCCUUGGCAGUUUGCCUCGGCUACUUCUUCUUCGACAUGGGCUGGUGUGUGUGCUACCGGACCGAGGGACCAGUCAUGCUGGCUCAUCACGCCGCCAGCAUUCUGGGCAUCCUGCUGGCCCUGUUCCUGGGAGUGUCGGGCUGUGAAACCUGCGCGGUCAUCUUCGGCAGCGAGCUCACCAACCCGCUGCUGCAGGGCCGCUGGUUCCUCCGGCAGCUGGGUCGGUACGACAGCCUGCUGGGAGACGCGGUGGACCUGCUCUUCAUCUUCCUGUUCGCCACGGUGAGGGUGGGCCUCGGGACGAGGAUGUUCUACAGCGAGCUCACCUCCACCAGGACUCUGAUGGUGAUGAAGCUGGGCGGGGUGGUGAUGUACGCGCUGGCGUGGGUGUUCAUGGUGGACAUAGCCCGGUUCGGCUACAAGAAAAGUAGAGCCAAAUAUAAAAGAUGGGUGGAGAACCACAAGCUUAGAGACAUCAAUGCAGAAACUGCCUGAGAGGCUUUAAAACGUUAAUGGCCUUUACAGAGCUAAAGGGAUAGUACACCUCUUUUAAAGAGGGGUUCUGUAGAAUGGCUACAAACAAAUAGGAAAAGCAGCAUUUUCUGUGAUGCUGAGUGAUGAAACACUUAGCUGAAGCUGAAAAGCAGAACAGUAGCUAAAAGCUAAAAGGAGCAAAGACAACAAGGAAAAAGAGAAACACACGACUCACGAAGGCAGCUGCAGGGAUGGACAAAAGAGACGCACAGAAAACUGGAAGCAAACCCUCGUGUAUUUCAAACCACUUCCUGUCCCUUCCAAAGAUUUUGUCUCGUCUUAAAUUGCAGUUGUCAAAAAAAGAAACAUUUAAUAAAAGACGUCAGUGCAGACAGAAGAAACGUUCCAGGUUUCUGUGAAUUAAAUACUUUGUGAGAUCUUUAAAGGUGUUUUGCAGGUUUCCAAAUGUCUGAACUCCAAUCUCCAUUUUAAACACAUCAAACGAAAAACCAUCAAUCCUUCUAUUUUUGUCGAGAUUAAAAAAAAAAAAUUAGUAA